AUGAACAGGGAUUUGCGCGAUUCGGAUGAUGACUGUCAGCAGACGCUUGGCCAGAUCGCUCGGCAUCAUGGCCGAUCAAUCGUUGAGAUGCUUGUGCAGAUACAGAACGCCAAAACGGAGGAAUGGAAGCCAACGAAAUUUCUCCAGCCGCUGGAGUGCCUCCAACUCAUCGACCGCCCUCUCAGCAACACGAUUAAACCACUUGACAGUGAUACAAUCACCGUUCCAAAGCUACUGGACGAUAUUAAAGUACAACGGGGAUUUCCUCGGAUUUCAGGCGGGCAGGAAUUUCCGGUCCAGAACGAGGGCAGGUUCAUGAACCGCUGUCACCUUAACGUCCUCGACGGUCAGACCAAGUACAUUGCUGUAUCCUACACGUGGAAUCCACCAGAUGGACACGAUAACACCUCCGGCCGAUAUUGGAUAGCGAAGAGGGCCGGGAAUGGCUUUGAACAGUCGCCGAUACGUAAUAGUCUCCUCGACCGUAUCACCAACUACAUGCGAGCACUAUGUGUGGAACACCUUUGGAUCGAUCAGCAUUGCAUUGUCCAGACCACAACAUGCACAAUGAGUCACUGCGCUCAUGACGACUGCAACGAAAAGCGGGAGGCAGUGCACGCUAUGGACCUCGUCUUUGCAUCCAGCGAAUAUCCCACGGCCUUCCUUUCACGAUCUAUCGAUACAUGGUGGGAUCUGCGUUUGUUGCACGGUCUUCUUCGGCAUUCAUGGCUCAUGCAUUACAGCUCGUAUGGUUAUGGCGUUAGUAUACGAUCCCAUCGACAUGCUAAAGAUACGCUGAAACUCGUGCACCGUCUCAUCUGUGACCCUUGGUGGGCGAGAGCAUGGCCAUUUCAGGAGAGACAUGUGACGAACUCAAGGUUGCAGCUGCUUUGGCGAUAUCCUCCCCACCUCGAGAAGCAAAAGCAGGCGCUGUUUCCAGAGAUGCAAGUUCCAGGAGAGAUCAGCAUUCAAGCUAUUGAAUUCCUUACCCAGGCUGACAUGUUGUGCCGUGCGAUGAUGGUCCGACAUAUUUCCAGCGAACUACAUCCUGAAGAGACCAGCGAACUACAUCCUGAAGAGAACGAAAUGAUACGCCGAGUCUUUCAAGCUGUCGUUCACGACGGGCCAUGGCUCGGAUCGCGUCCUAUAAUACCCGCUCUUGUUGACACAGCUAUAUCAAAAGACGUAGCAAAGCACUGGGACCGUGUUGCUAUUAUAGGAAACUGCUGUCGAUACACCAAAAGACUAGAGCUUCAGUACCUGCAGCAGACGGAUAAAAGCCUUAAGGUGCUGAACAAUCGCCGAAAGCGAGACGAACAGAGAGCAGCCGACAUGACAGUCUCCCAAUAUCUAACGUCGCGGCUAUGCAGGAACGGAUACUACGCAAGCCGAUGUGGCUUUCUCGACGUUACGUUUACCAUGAAGGGUAUUCGAACAGAAGGACACCUGUGGAAGUUAGGCAAGGUUAUCGACGCCUCCGUAUGGUCGGUCGGCGACCCUGUUAUCUUUAAACCGGAUCCUUCCAAAUGGCCAAUGGAUAACAUACGAUGUCGAAUCCUGAUUGCGAAACUCAAAGCUUCUGGCUAUAGCAAUCUAGCAGAGAACCUUCAACAGCUUUUGAGACACUCCAUAACUGAUUGCUUAUUCCGCCCGAACCAUUCGAAAGGAGGGCAGAGUACGCCGCCACUCGCGACCCUCGAAGUGAUUGAUGCAAUUGGUCGUGGGAAGAAGCCAUCUUCUUAUAGUGCUCUGUUUGUUUGGGAGGGAAACUGGUUCGACAAUGUGGGAGACCAUGAGCAGAACAAUACUCUCUUCCCGACAAUGGUGUUUACGGCCACUCGAGUGAACGAUUUCAGCUCCCCUUUUGAUCCAAUCGACGAGCAUCCAAAAUUCUCCUCUGAAGAGGGGAAAUUUCAUCGACAUCUGUCGUUGGAGGUGGAAAUAGAAAACCCGGGUGCCAAGAAUACCAAGCGAUGGAUCAGCGGUCUGCAUUUCCCAGAAAUCUGCAUGCGCCCAUCACGUCAAGUUGUGUUUCCUUGGCCCCAUGAGCUGGCGGCCAUUGGAGGCCAUCAUAGGAUAUAUGGUGAAAUAGCUUCUGACUUGUACAAAUGGGAUAACCCUAUAUAUGAACGUACAGGAAGGCGAUUGUCCGAUACUUGCUGUUUUAUGAAUAGCAUUUGCCCCCUUUUAACCCCCAUGGGGUUGAGAAGUAGACGAGUGAAAACAUUUGGGCAUCACUAUUAUGAAAGAUACAAUGGCAUAGUUAUGCCCGUCGCAUGCGUCGACUGCACAGGCCCACACCAUCGUGAGGCUGUUCUUUUGGAGCAACAACACGGAGAUAAGAUCUGCUGGGAGGUGCGUAGAAAUUGCAAACUGCCCACUUCCGGACACCUCAAUCUACUUUCUUCUAUCACUGGAAAAGAGAAGAACCAAACGCAUAUAAGUGAGUAA